UAUUUACAUACAUACUUCUCUAAGUUCGCAUGUUUUAACACUCAAUCAGAAAAUGGCCACGAGUACGAGUAAUGGUUCCCUCUGACACAUGUAAUAUAUGUGGCCUGUUUUUUGGUUUAACGACGGUCAUUACCUUAACUUUCCUGAAAGUAUAUCAUAGAGCUCGAUUCAAAGAAGAUGGCGGAUAUCGGUUUAUGAAACCAGGGUUUCAAUGACAGAGACGAAGCUAACUUCGACCAUGAAUCGUGUCUAAUUUUUAAAAUAUCGGAGUCAGUUCAAAAUCUAUGGUUUGAGACGGGUAGUAGAUAUGGGUAAUGGAGAUGAAAAUAAGAAGAACCGAGAGAGCUAUGGAAGCCCUAAAUCUCCAGAUUCUUUGAAGUACACAUUGCUUAAAGAUAGCAGCAAUAAAAACCAGGGUUAUUCACAUGGUUCACAGGGUUUGGUAAGAGAUGCUUUGCAAGGACAACCAAAUCAAAGUGCAAUUUGCUCAGGUGAAAGAGUGGCCAUUAAGGGGCCUGGGGAACCGGAGCCGCCUCAGAAUCCAGAACAUGUAGUUCAUGGGGUUGGUUCAAAUGAACCCAUGGACUCUGAUUUAAGCAUGAUCAUUCAUCAUUUGAAUGACGAUAUAUGUGCUUUAAGUGAGAGGGUGACAACUAAAAAGUCUUCUAUUAGGAAGGAGAGGCAUGAAGUAGAUUUGGAGACAACAUGGGAGACAAGGAAAUCAAAGAGGAAAGUGGCCUUCCCUGCAUCACCAGAAUGGGCUGCAAUGAAUGAUGACUCCUUUGCUUCCAUGGUAGAGGUUGAUAAAAUGGUUGAUGAGGCCUUGGAUGUUAUGGCAAUGAGGAUUAUAGAGAGGGCCUCAAAGGGGGCUUUGCAGAAGAAUGCAGCCUUGUAUGAAGCUCAAGACCAAAUUGCAUUUUUGCGCCGAAGUUUAGAGGAGGCGCACCCUCCAAAAGAGGAGGAGCAUGCAAAUGCAUCAAGGGCACAAGCUGAGGUCAAGGAGCUAUGCCUGAGGGCACAAGCCGACGCCAAGUCGACACAAGCAGAGGUGUUGAAGGCACAUGCUGAAGCUAAGGAUGCACACUUUCAGAAAGAAGCAGCACGAGCUGAGGUGUCGGCUAUGAAAGUUCGGGAUAAGAGGAGUCAGAUAGCAAAUUCUUGCACUGUAAUUCAGAACACAACAACAAUAUCAAUGAGCUGCUUUUUAACUAACAAUGAUGUGCCCAUGGUAAAGAAUCUUCCCAAGUUGGGUGAACUUGGGACCGACACCUUUACAGGUGUCAGUCUAGUUCGAGGGGAGCCUAUCUGGCUCGUAGAACCUGCUUAUGCGCUCGAGUGGCCUUUGAGCGUAACUUUUGCCAGCGAGACCACUCGCUUUCAUGUUCGCGAAAGCGAUGACGGGGCGUCAUCUGUGCAAGAUGAUGGGAUCCCCCUCUUCCAUUUCCUGCAUCGUGACUUGGCUUCCAGCGAGGAUCUCCCCACCCUUGGGAAGCGAAUGGCCAAGACGAGGGGAUUGGUCUGGUCUCCUUCUGGGCUCCGCAUGCAGGGAGAGCACCAGUUUUUAAAGGGGUACACCCCCUGGACUCUUGAGGUUCUUCUUGUUUAUGAAGACGUUCUCAAGCUUUCUUCUCUAUUAACGGCGGUACAGAGCUCAGCCGGGUAUUUUGAUCGCUGUGCAAACACCAUGAGGGCACUUUUGGAGAUUUGGAGUCAUGCCAGCAACACAUGGCUCUUCGGUCAUGGCGAGGGAGGGAUCUCCCUGUUAGAUCUACAUUUUAUUGGGGGUCUGCCGCUGGUGGGGGCCAUGUAUGAUGAGUUCGUCCCCCAUAACUCGGUCAUCUUCGGCGGGGUUCCACUUGGGGGAGAAGCCUCUCCUCCUGGCCUCCGGGAGGUGUUUGAGAUCUAUCAACUUUUGAGCUCGCAGACCAUUGACGGUCAAGUGAGCUUCUCGCGCUGGGUGAGGUUCUUCUAUGGGGAACACCCUGAUGCCAUUGAGAACUGUGUUCUUGGUGGCAAGAAGGAACAGGCGAAGGUUUUUCCCGCCAUUUAUGUACGUCGAUCCGCAAAGGACUGCGUAUACCUUGCCGCCUAUUUGGCCCUCUUCAUGUGCAAGUUCGCCCUUCCCGGUUCGAGCGAUCUGAUUCGUCCGGGUUGCUUCUUUGUGGCUUGUGACAUGGCGCGUGGGCGCCAGUACGCACUGGCACAGCCGGUCUUAUGUAGCAUCUACUACGGUCUAGGGGCGAUCUCUAGGGGGAAGCCCUUCAAAGGGGGAGACGGACCUGGGUUGGAGGGAGGAGAGGCUUUCCCCGGGAAUUUCAAGACGCCGUUCCCUGCCCAUUAUGUGUUUGGCUGGCUCUCCGCGUACUUUCCAAGUACGUACGCUACCAACACAGCUUUGGCUGGGAGCAUGUGCCCCCAGCUUGUGAAAAUAGUGGGGCAGAAGGCCACGUUCCAUACUCCUGGGCAUGCGCGUAGUUUAUUUGGCGGUGAUUCCUUCUUCACGCGCCGCAACCCUUUCCCUGUAGGUGGCUGUACCGAUUGCAGUCAUGAGCUGGACGGUGCUUCUAUUGGCAUCUCUGAGCUUAUGUUUGUUUUAAGUGUUAGGGGAGGCAUCCUUCCCUUCAGGACCCUUUUCGGUUCUAAGCUCGAGGCCUAUUACCCUCAUCGGUUUGCUCGUCAGCAUGGGCUAGAUCAGGGAUGCCCUUUCCCCGUGUUGUUCAAGAAGCGCUAUGGCAAGGAAGGUUCCAAGAGAAAGAAAGACGACUUGGGGACCUGCCGCGAGUCGUGGAAGGCCGUGCAUGUGCGCACAGCUUGGGCGACAUGCCUUGAGUUCACGGAGGUGAACAAGUUCGUCGUCCCUCAUUAUGGUAGAGUAGGUUGGGCCACGGAAGCUUAUUGGCGUUGGUGGAGGAUCACCAAUACCUGGUAUUGGCAGGUGGACCACUCAUGGAAGGGGGAGAACAACAGCUGGCGUCAUGAUACGAAGCAAGGGAAGAAUUUUGUGCCGCCUGCAUUUGGGAAAGUCUUCGAGCUGGAGUAUCCCAAGGAUUGGGAGCAGCUCGGAGUGCCUCAGGCGAUAGUGGUGGACGAAGAGUCGCCACAGGUGCUUGCCCUUAAGGAGAGUACAAGGACUCUUUUUGAUAACCUUUGCUCUAUCUUCGAAUGGAGACAGGGUCGAAAGGUUCCCGACCGAGAGGGACAUCCAAUCCAGGAUCUUAAUACUCUUAUUGGGAGUGGCCCCCAUGGUGCCCUGGAUGCCGGCUUCAGAUACGGCCAAGCUUCGGAGAGAGUCGUACCUUCUCAAAAAGGAAAAAAAAGAAGAAAGCUACCAGUGACCUCAGAUGUUUCAGAAUCUGAGUCUGUGCAUGAGCCUCUUCUUAGGCGAAAGAGUGCUAGGCUGACUAGGUCGUCUCCUGGGUCCCGACCUGUGGCUAGUUCUCCUGGGCCAGUCCUGUCCGAAGUCGAGGGCACAGUUGCUGCCACCGUGGGUGCCCCAGACCCCACUAGUGUUCCUUCCAUGUUGGAGGUGAUCCCUUUAGUUGAACAACCGGUGCGAGAGCCAGCACCGGUCGCACUCGCCUCUUCUAGGUGGGUCAGCUUUGAUUUGGCUCCUUGUCCAAGUGGGAGCAACCCCCCUCCAGUGAUGGAGAUGACUCGUACGACAAGCGGCAUCGCCAAAGAGGGGGUAGAGAUUGUUCCAAAGAGAGAUCCCGUCGUUGAUGUUACGCCUGAGCAGCCUGUGGUAACUGCUCCUUUUGACACCAAUGGUGGGGCCGAAGCCCUGCUUUUUAUGUCAUCGGAUGUUGAGUCUUGCUCAGAGACAGAAGGGUCUCUUAACGAGGGCUUUGCUGAGGCGCUGCCAGAGACGUCUACCUCUCUUGCCAUUGUUGCUCCAGCUGAGGUGACUUCAGUUCCCAGUGCACCGAUUGUCAGACCUAUCUUCAGUGUGAAGUCUACCAUGGUCGUAGGUAUGCUACGAUCGGGUCUUCUGCUAUUGAAAGGGCGACCCCUUGUGGAGCUCGGCCCUGAAAUUAUUAAGCUUCGUGGUUGUGCUUUCGCUCUGAGUACCCUGGAUGGUGAAAAGGAGGUUUUCUCCUAUUUUGACAACCUCUUGAAGGAGCUAGAGGAGUCGAGAAUAGAGGCUCUGAGGAAGGAGGUGGAGGUUAACGAGCUACAGGGCGUUCAGUUGGCCUCCUUAGAGGCUUCACUUACGCAGCAUUGCAAGGAUGUGGAUGCAUGCGUGCAGAGGAGGGCUACUCUGGCUGCCCAGAAAUCCGAGUUUAACAAGCAGGGAACGACCCAUUUGGCCAGGCUGAGAGACCUGAAGGCGAAAAUCUUGAGGCUGACGAGCGAAUUUAACGAGCUUGAGAAGGAGACGAACUGCUGGAGGGCGGAGAAUCAGGUCCUGACUGCUGAGCUAUCAGGGUUCGAUCGCAGCAUCGAGUCAGGGACUACCUCCGUGGCUCGAAUUGCUCAAGAAGUGACCGACCUCAAGGAGCGCGCGCAAAAGGCCAUCACACGUAUGGAGGCUGCGAGAGCAAAAAUUAAUAAGAUUAUUUAUUGCUUCUAGGAGCUCUCGCCCUGUCAUCUUUCUUUAGCACCUUUUGCCUUCACUUGUACUUGAAUUCCGACGAUCCUGAUGGAAUGAAAUACCACAUUUUUUUACUAAGAUUAAUUUGCCUUCACUUGUACUUGAAUUCCGACGAUCCUGAUGGAAUGAAAUACCACAUUUUUUUACUAA